GCGUAAAAGUCCGUAUAGUUUCAUCAAUAAGCACAGCGUGUGAAGGUAUUGAUCGUGAAAUUGAGUGGUGAAAUAUGAGCCGAGACGUUAAGAUGAACUUGGGAGAGAGAAUUGAGGACUACCGGAUGCUAGAGCCAUUGGGCAAGGGAGGAUUUGCUCAAGUGUACAAAGCCAUGUGCCUGACGACAGGAGUCUUUGUGGCGAUUAAGAAGAUCGACAAGCGGAUGAUGCUGGAGCGGGGAUUGGAGAAGCGCGUGAGGCAAGAGGUGAUUAUUCACUCACAGUUGAAGCAUCCGUCCAUCGUGGAGAUGUUUGCCUUCUUCGAGGAUGAGAACUACGUUUAUCUAGUGCUGGAAUUGGCGCGUCACGGCAACCUGCAGAUCUUCCUCAACAAUCUGGGGCGCACUAUGUCCGAGACGGAGACUGCGGGCGUGAUGAAGCAAGUGGUGGCUGGCCUACUGUAUCUCCACUCCCUCCGGAUCGUGCAUCGCGAUCUGUCGCUGUCGAAUCUGCUGCUGAUGGACGAUCGGCGCGUGAAGAUCGCCGAUUUCGGGCUCGCCGUGCAGCUGGAGGCUCCGGAUGAGCGUCACGUCACGCUCUGCGGCACACCCAACUACAUGUCGCCCGAGGUGGCGUCCAGGACGUCUCACGGGCCGCCGGCGGACGUGUGGAGUGUGGGAAUCAUGAUCUACACGCUGCUCGUGGGGCGUCCGCCCUUCGCCACGCCUGCCACCUCUAUGACACUCAAUCGUGUGGUCACGAGCCCGUGCCAGCUGCCCAGCUACCUCUCGCCAGACGCCGUGGAUCUCCUGUCGCGGCUGCUGCAGAAGAACCCAAGCGAGCGGAUCGCCCUGGAGGACAUCCCGAGGCACGCAUUCAUGCUGGCCAACAGCCUGCUCCAUGUUCAGUCCAUGGACAGUGGCUUCGCCACCUCUUCCAGCAGCCAAAACCGCUCACGGCGCUGCUUCGAGGCCACCCAGAGUGCUCCGGAUUUCCUCUCGGAUCUAGCGGUGAAGCGGAGCCUCGAUGUGCCACCGCUGAACACGCGGCGUCUGCAGGCGACGCGGCACAGCACGAAGAACUUGGUGUUCCACAUCCUGCCAGGCGGAGACGUGACGGUGGAGUUCAUCCGAAUGCGCACGCUGGGCGAGUGUGUGACGCAAGUGUGUCGCAUCUCGGGCGAUGGGCGGCGCAUUGUGGUGUACGAGCCGCCGGGAGGAGUGGCGCCCGUGCGCGAGGAGCCACCAGGUGUUCCGCCGCAUGCCGAAGAAUACAGCCACGAUGACUUGCCGGAGGUUCACUGGAAGAAGUACAGAUAUGCUGCCCGCUUCGUCGAUCUGGUGCGCCAGAAAACGCCCAAGGUGACGUUCUACAGUACGCAAGCCAAGUGUCAGCUCAUGGAGUCGCUCGUGGACUGCGAGUUGACGUUCUACGAUGGCGGCAUGGUGACCAGGAGUGGUGAGGAUGUGCGCGUGAAGGCGAGCAGUGGCAAGACGGAGGAGAAGUGGAUGCUGGAGCACUGUGAAGAGUGCUUUCGCCACUGUCUGGAGCUCGAGAGGACGCUGCAGAGUGUGACCACGGGCGAGGGGUUUCCCGCGAUCGUGGGCAGACGACCGACGAAUACCAGGGAUUCACCAUCGGUGUCCAGGACGCCGAAUCUCAGCAGUCUGUCGUCGUUCGCACUGAGCGGCGGAUCGCAAAGGCAUCCGCAGGCGCUGAGGGCGAUUGAGAACUGGCAGAAUUGUGCACCGAAAGAAGAUUCGGGCAUGUUUCACGGGAAUUUGCAAGUCCGGAAGCAGCUGAGGCAGACAGAAAACACAGAUCAGACGCCACUCUCCUCCAGACCAAUGAGACUAUUCAGAUAAGAGCGCAGUUCUGCAAUUUAGCAAUAGUUAAUCAAUUUGAUAAUUUUCCUUCGCACAUUAAUUUCAUUAAAAUGUACAUAAAGAGUUCACGAUUAAUUAUAGCGCAAAACAUCCUUUGUAAAUUGGAAAUAUCCUGUGUUUUAGUAUUUUUCUAUGUUUUAUAAAAAUUAGAAAUAAUGCCAAAUAAAUUAUAUUUAGUAAAUUGUGGCAAUUUCAAUUUUCAGUCUGAAUAAAUCGUAAAACAGAA